AUGCCUUCUCGUCUCACGAGUUAUUUUGGUGUCAGGCGUGGUGGUGACCUGGUUUCUGCGAGGGUAAAAAGUCUAUUGGGGGAUUUUGGGGCAUCGGUACCGAGGGCAGCUUCUGCUGAUUCUGAACCUGCCCGACUUGCUUCUACACUUGACACUUCGACUGGGUCGCGGUUGAAAAUUAAGGCCGCGCGAAAAGAACAACUUGAGACCACUGAUUUCCCUAAAUCAACGGUUUCUAAUUCAAGUUGUAUCAGUGUCUCCCAGUACUCUCAAUCCUCCAUCGGUAAAGAAACACCCGGAAAUAUUGAACUAGUAAAAUCCACAGGUUCUUUUGAAUCCGAAGUUUCUUUUUCGAAGUAUGGAAGUACUUCUGGGAUUGUUCAGACAAAAGAUGGCGGUCAAAAAAUGAAGGUGGUGCCCCAUGCUUCAAAGCAGUCUCGUGAUCUUCCAGUAAUUGCUCUUAAUGCGCCUCUAAUUUCGAUGCAGAAACCUUUAAAAGACUUAUUAAAGCCUAGUAUCGAAAAGGAGACCCAGGUUCUUACGAAAUCGGAUAGUUGCUCCAAUACCUCCCUUAAGGGAGCUGUGAUUCCUUUUGGAAAAGAUACCACAGCUACUGAGCGGGUUGAGUCAGAUGCUGCAUCUGGCUUUCCUUCUCCUUCUGCGUUGCCUCUUCCCUGUCACAUGGAGCGGUUAUUGGAAUUAUUUAGAACCUGUGAAACUCUCGUCAGUACACUUCAUAAUCGCUCUGAGGUGUGCAGUUUUGACAAAAUCAAACCAGCUGUGCAGGAGGUAGUGCGAUGUGACUUCACUGAAGUAACGGUUGGAAAGUUUUCCGCAGUCUAUCCCUUAGCCUACAGCUUCCGUUACGACAGACAGCUGGACAAAAUAACUAAGCUUCCACUUAGCACGUACACGUUGGUUCUUGUGCCAAACUUGCGGGCAGAUGGUACCCAAAUGGCUCUCGAUUCGCCCUCGAAGGGUCAUCUUGUCUUUACCGGCACUCGGCUCAUUCAGCGCCGUCAUAUCUUCCAGGACUCACUUCUGCUACGAGUGAAGAAGGCACAUCGGGAGUUCCUGAUGGUGCGCUUUGGUCUCUUGGAGGGGGAUUUGCCUGAAGAUUCAAGUCUGCGUCGAUGGCAUCCCGCUUUCGCGUUGGACACUGCCGUCCCCGAAGUUGAACCCGUUCCUCUACCCCCACGGCCUCUCAAUGGCCCCGGCGGUGACUCCAGGAUCACCUCAGCUGGCGAGGCCGUGACGACAUUCCGUGAGCGCGCGCUUUUUAGAGAAGCCAGGGCCUGUGAAAAAUUGGUUUCCCAGGAGGCCACCGAUGAACGGAAGUUGGGGCCUCCUACUGCAGCUGCUGCCGUCACUGGUUCGAGUAAAACUUCCAACAGCGCCAUUUUGAGGGGUGUUUCGGCUGCUCUACUAGCUAAAGUACGUGAGCGCGAGAGGCAGCUAAACUUCUCCAUCCUAACGCAACCAGUCGCCUCAGCUUCGGAGAGGGCCGCCUACUCCGCCCUGCCGGUGACCGUCACGCAGAUCUGGCGCGAGCUGCGGCGUGCCAGCAGACGUCCGGUCCCAAUUUCCCUCAUCGCCACGCGACUCGUCCAGUCCAGUGGAUCUGGUCUCUCACUUGACGAGGCAAUGGCUCGAAUCGAAAAAUUGCUUACGCUGAUGCCUGAUUGGGUGGAGAAGGUCGCCUGGGUGCGACCCUAUUUGCGCUUCAAGGGGAACAGCGCGAAUCGACCACUGAGGGAGGUAAUUGACGAGGUGAAGGCCAAGGCAGUCAAAAAGGAUGUUCUUUAA